GGUAUUUCUCAAACACCUACAGGGAUUUGCAGUGUCAUCAGAAUCUCCUGCAAAUUUGACAACCAGAGAAAUCAGAGAACGGCUUGCCCAGAAAUGUAAAUGUUCCGAGUAUUCGACCAAUGCAAGAAAAGGGAUUCAGGAAAUAUCUCUCAUUCUACAGGAAGAACAGUUCAGGGAAUCUAAUAUCAGUUAUCCUAGCUGUGUCUGUCGGUGCUGGAACUCUGUUUUUCGACGUAUGGACAAGCAAUGCAGCCAUAAAUUCAAGUGGCAAGUGUGAUGCCUGCGUCUACGGCCUCAUGAUUUGCUGGUCUACUGUGGGCUUGCCAUUCUUCAUCGAGGAAGUAAAGGUUUUCCUACAGGAAAGGUUUGGAGGGCACUACGGGCAGCUGUGCAUGUACUAUCCAACUUACUCUCUUCGUUCCCUUUUGUGGUUGCAAUUUCUACGAGCUCAGGAACUGUGCAUUCACACUGAUCAUAGCAACCUUGGUACCAAGCCUCUUGAUGGGUGCAGGAGCUUCAGCUGGGGCCUUGGUAUUCAUGAUGAUGCCAUCUGGUCUCUUUUGCCUGUUGGCCUGACCUUUCUAAGGUCUUUUGGUAUUACCCUUUGUCCUACGUUAGUUAUGCAACAUGGGCAAUAUAGUUCCCGGACAGCCAAACUGAAGGGCGAGAUGCUCCUACAGUUUGCAUUUGGGAUCAACCCCAACAGGUCAAAGUGGAGGGACUUGACAGCAGUUGUGUGCCCAUUGAUCUCUUUUAAACUACUCUUUUACAUGAUACUCAGUCCGAGGUAUGAUGUUGAAAAGAUUAGAAGCAAGGAGAAAAGAAUUAGGGGUGAAGGGACAUCUCAGUUGCAAGCUCAUAACUAUGAUGAGGCCAUGGAAGGAAAAAUCAGCCGAGAAAGGAUGCCUCAGAAGCAAAACAUAAGGGAAGAGUUGCAGGAUGAAGCAGAAGGUUGCCAGGAAGAAGAUGAUGACGUGGUGAGAAGCUUUGGGGAAAAAGAGCGAACGGCUCACUACCAAAAAAGACAGGAAAUUCAGAAGUCAGCAGAAUUGGUGGAAGACAGCCUGGAACAAAUUCAAAAUUUGAAAAUAGUGGGAAGAAAUAGAGGGGCAGAGACGGAGAUCAAAUAUCAAGGGAAGCUGUCAUCAUUAACGAGCCCUGAAGGGGAGAAGGGGGCGGAUUUGGGCUCUAAAAAGAAUGAUCCAGCAUGCAUGAAGCCCAUGAGACAGGAAGAAAGCUUAGAGUGUGUGGAGUCUACUAAUAUGGGCUUGGCCCAAGGCAACUUGGGGGUAAUUAAAUCAAAAGCAAAGGGUAUUAUGGAUUUUUCCAGAGUUAAAGACACUGCAAAGGAUAACACCGAGGAAGAUGCAGAUCUGGUCUGGAAAGGAUAUGAGAGUGAAAGUGGAAGCAUUGAAAGAGGGAGAAGCCGAGGCCGAGGGAGAAGCCGAGGCCGAGGAAGGGGUAAGCAGAACGGAUUGUCAAGGGUGAGAAGUUCAAUGCCAGAUUUUAUGCCGAGCCUGAACGGAAAAGUUGCAGGAGACUCUGUAGGCGAUUCCGAGAUCCAUCAUUGCAACAAGGCUCUAAAGAACAAGAUGCAGAUCAGAUUUGCGAAAGAAAUAUGGGAGCUUGCAAAGCAAUUGGGGGCAACGACAGAGGAUGAGGAGGAGAUAAUUCGGAGGAUUGAAGAGAUGGAGAACAGAGAUAGACAAGGAAAAGUGAUCGCGGGAAACCAAGGGGAAAUCGGUAGCAAUAAGAGAGCUUUAUGGGAGGAACUGCAUAACCUGAUUAUAAGCAAAAAAGGUUGCUGGUGCUUGUUAGGAGAUUUUAAUUCAGUUAGAAGAGCAGAGGAAAGGGUAGGGUGUAAAGGGGUGUCCAGAGAAAUGAAGGAAUUUGAUGAGUUUAUUCUAAGAUCCGAAUUGAUUGAUUUGCCUUUGUUGGGAAGGAAGUUUACUUGGUACAAUUCCAAUGGACAACAGAUGAGUAGAAUAGAUAGAUUCCUGGUUUCAGAAGACUGGUUUUCCAAAUGGAGUGAUAUUAAGCAGUGGGGGUUGAGGAGAACAGUAUCAGAUCAUUGCCCAAUCCUAUUGAAGAAUGAGAAGGUAGAUUGGGGCCCAAAACCUUUCAAAUUCUUCGAUAGUUGGCUGGAACAACCAGGAUGUAAAGAGUUAAUUACAAACUCGUGGAAAACCACAGAAGUAAAGGGGUGGAGUGGCUUUAUUCUUAAAGAAAAAUUGCAGAGAACAAAGAAAGUCCUGAAGGAGUGGAGUGCUAAGUCGGUGACUGAGAUGGACAGAAGAAUAAAGGAUGCUGAAAACAUGAUAGCCGAGAUAGAUGAGAAAGGAGAGAUUAAUCAGCUAGCCACAGAUGAGAUUGAAUUGAGGAGAAAUAGCUUUCUUGAUUUAUGGAAGAAUUCAAGAAUCAAGGAGAGGAUGUCGCAACAAAAAUCAAGGAAGAUGUGGCUAAAAGAAGGAGAUGCGAAUACAAGAUUCUUUUACAAUUGCAUCCAAGGAAGGAGGAGAAGAAGUGAAAUUAAUUCUAUACAGAUAGAUGGUGAACAGUUCACGGGAGUGACAGAAAUCAAAGAAGAGGUGGCUAGGUAUUUCCAAUCAUUGUUCACAGAAGAAAGAUGGAAGAGACCAAAGUUAGAUGGGGUUAGUUUCAAGCAGAUUUCACAAGAGGACAACGAGCUUCUCACGAAAGUAUUCUCAGAGGAGGAAGUUAAAGAAGCAGUAUGGGAUUGUGAUUCUGCCAAAUCUCCAGGCCUAGAUGGAUUCAACUUUAGAUUCAUUAAGGAAAUGUGGGAAGUUAUAAAGCCGGAGGUAGUUGCUUUCAUUCAGGAGUUUCACAAACAUGGUAGAAUUGUCCGUGGAGCCAAUGCAUCCUUUGUUGUGUUAAUCCCAAAGACAGAAAACCCCCAAAGAAUUGAAGAGUAUAGACCCAUUUCUCUUAUAGGGGUCAUGUACAAGAUCAUAGCAAAGCUGUUAGCGAACAGGCUACGAAAGGUGCUACCCAAAGUCAUCGGGGAGCAGCAGAUGGCAUUUAUUGGGGGUAGACAAUUAGUAGAUGGGGUUAUCAUUGCAAAUGAAGUCAUAGAUGAGGUUAAAAGGAAGAAGAAGAAUUGCUUCAUUUUUAAAGUAGACGUUGAGAAAGCCUAUGACAAAGUAUGUUGGGAAUUUUUGGAUUACAUGAUGAUGCGGCUGGGAUUUAAUGAAACAUGGAGGAGAUGGAUAUUGGAGUGCCUAAAGUCAAGUUCGGUUUCUGUUCUUAUAAAUGGUAGUCCAACAAGUCAAUUCUCGGUUAGCAAAGGCAUACAACAAGGUGACCCGUUAUCGCCAUUUCUCUUAUUGAUAGUGGCAGAAGGGUUGAAUGGCUUAGUGGCCUCGGCAGUGGAAAAAGGAAUAUAUAAAGGAGUGAGGGUAGGGAAUGAAGGUGUCAUGGUGUCACAUCUACAAUUUGCGGAUGAUACGGUAUUCUUCGGGGAGGCAUCGGAAGAUAACAUAAGAGUGGUGAAGACUAUUAUGAGGCUCUUCGAGCCGGCUUCAGGACUUAAGAUCAAUUUUGGGAAAAGCCAUUUGAUGGGUAAAGAUGAGGGAGGGCUGGGAGUGAGAGAUUUGAGAAAUUUUAAUUUGGCAAUGAUGGGGAAGUGGUGGGGACGGUUAGCAAAAAUUGAUGAAGGACUAUGGAUGAAAAUAAUAUCAGCGAAAUAUGGUAAGGGUGGGAAGCAUUGGAUGGAUUGGAUUAAAGAUAACAAUAGAGGGGGAUCCUUAUGGUGGAGAGAUGUGUGCUGCCUAGAUCGAGUGAAUGAGGAGAGUGUAGGAUGGCUGUCGGAGGGUUUUAGAAUGAAAAUUGGGGAUGGAUAUAUAGCGAGCUUUUGGUGGGAUGAUUGGGGAGGGGAGGGUUGCCUUGCUAACAAAUUUCCUAGGUUGUAUAGUCUGUCAACAGGAAAAGAGAAAACAUGCAAUCAAAUGGGCAACCUAAGGAGUGGAUCGUGGGAAUGGAAGUUAUCAUGGAGGAGAAAUCUAUUCGAAUGGGAACCUGGAGAGGUCAUUGAUCUCGAAAGAAUGAUAGAGGGCAUUAAGAUUACUCAAGGUUGGCCUGACAAGUGGGAAUGGAUUCACGACAAGGAGGGUCAAUACUCAACAAAAUCAGCAUACCACCUAUUAGCAACUGAUCAAAGCGGACCUAAUGGAUCUACAAUUUUCAAAAGAACAUGGAACACAAUUCUCCCGACCAAAGUAUCAGCAUUCAACUGGCAACUAAUGUUGGAUAGAAUACCAACCAAGGUGAAUUUGUUGAAAAGAGGGAUUAUUAAAGACAUGGAGGAGAGCAAGUGUGUUGUAUGUGAAGAACAAGGAGAGGACUCAGCACAUCUAUUCUUAAGGUGCAAGCUAACUCGAUGGCUGUGGGAGGCAUGCGCCAAAUGGUGGGGGGUCGAGGCAAAACUCGACAUCGACUGUUCAAAGACAUUUGAAAAUUUUGGAGAUUGGAGCAAAGAGGCACGAACAAGACAAGGAUGGGAUUGCAUAUGGAGUUCGGUUGUGUGGACUGUGUGGCUUGCUCGCAAUCAGAAAUUUUUCCAGCAUAAAGAGAUAAAUGCGAGGAAGCUGUUUGAAUUAAUUCAAUUGAGAUCUUUCAUAUGGAUUAAAGCAAAAAAUGACAGGUACGCCUUCACUUUAUCUGAUUGGCUACUCAAUCCUGUUGAAUGCAUGAAAGAUAGAUGUGGAAGAAGGAAAAUCAUCAAUGGAAGGGCCGGCUGUAAUCUGGUGCCGUUGGCGUGGAUCGGCAAUUGCUGGAGUGCAUCGACAGGCACUGGUAGGGAUCGGCAACUGCUAGCGUGGAUCGGCAGCGACGAUGAGGAGAAACUAUUCUUCUUCUGCCAAUCUUGGAGUCUUCUUUUCCACUUGAUAACCAUCGCACUGAGACCCACAAAGGCGCCGAACAUCAUGGAUAUUUCAACUGCUGCCACCAUGCCCUUGGUUCUCGAUCUAGCACUAGUUCUGUCAAUGCCAUACUCCCCAUCCAAUCUAUCCACUGAAUUGCUCAUUUUCAACACCUCCAACCCAUUUAGAAUUGCAUUAACAUUUCCAAUUCCUCGUUCAUGGGUCCAAUCUGAAUGAAGAGCCUUUCCAACGUGGUGGAAGCAUUCACAACUAUCUCUUUAUAAUGCGACCCAUGGGACAACGAAAGGUAUUACGAACAAGCGAGGGAUAGGUGAACUCGUGCGACCAAAAUGUAGUUCUAAUAAUAACUAAACUGAAGUGUGUGAGGAGUUGAGUGAGUUUAAAGUGUAGAUUUAUUAUUUUUUAAGAUUAAAAAAUAACUUAAUUU